AGUGUGUGUAAACAUUUAUACAUAUGAUCCUCAGCCCAGGCAGUGUGUCAGUGUGUGUGAUGGUGCAAAUUUUAUUACCAGACGACGUGGUGACACACUAUUGAUAUUAUCUGCCAGCUUUCCUGAACCGAACUUCAGAGAUGUCUGGUGACUCACUAUCAAACAGGCCAUCAACAGAUGAGUUUUCAGAUGAACAGAGGAAGGAGUUGCUCAGAGAAGUUCGAUGCCAGACUAAUUUGCAUUGGAAUUAUCGACAUUUGAAGUCUCUACCAUCAGAACUUCUGGAAGAAGGUCAACAUGUUGAGCAGAUCUAUCUCAAGUGCAACCUUUUGAUGUCUCUGCCAAAUAAUUUGGGGUGCCUCUCACGUCUCGCAUAUUGUUACCUUAAUGGCAAUGAUCUUCGCUCUUUACCAGAUUCUAUAGGAGAAGUGGCAUCUUUACAAGUGUUAGAUGUGGGUAACAACAAGCUAACAUCCCUACCACUUACACUGGGUCGUCUUCCAUCAUUGCGUUCACUUGUGGCAGUUUACAACCAAAUAACCUGUUUUCCGAAAGAGCUAUGUGGACUGCAGAGUUUAUCAAUCCUGAUGUUGAGUGGGAACAAUUUGUUGCAUUUACCGGAGGCAAUAAGUGGCCUGAUUGGCCUGCAGGGACUAUACGUUGACCACAAUCAGUUGAGGGAGUUACCAAGAUCAAUAGCAGCCCUGCCAAUAUUAACAAGAAUCUCCUGCUGCUGUAACCCUCUGACACACCUUCCAGCUGUUCCAUUCAUCAGUAGACCGACAAUAUUCUUUGAUAACAAUCCUGAAAUGAGUUACCUGCCAUUUUCUUUACUUCGUCAACUUCGUUCAGGUGAAACUUGGAACCCAGUUGUAAUCCAGACUUGUAGGUGUUUUCAGGAGAAGGUUGUGAUAAACAAUACUGUAUUGAUCAGUCUCAGUGGACCUGUCAAGAAUGAUCAUCCCCACAGUCUUGUUCUGCCUUCCCAGAUAACUACAAUCACAUCCUCUGAAAAGGGAUCUCCAGUGCUUCCCUCUUUAAGAGAGCUGUGCUUGCGUUAUAUAUGGAACGAGAAAGAAAACUCAAAAGAUGACAUCCAGAGAAGGAAAACUAGGAAACAGUUUUUUGUAUUAACUUCAGACUUUUUACCUUUGAGUCUUUGUGAUAUCUUAGAAGUUGGACCAGUUGCUUACUGUGAUACUCCAAGUUGUAAGAUGCCAAUAUUUACCUUUGCCAGCAUUAAAGUUGUGACUGUAACUGUGACUGCCAUGAUGCAUGUAAAAGGGAGUGUUGUGCCAGCUGUCAUGUACUUCUGCUGUGAUACCUGUGCUCAACAAUACUCACAAAAUAUUCACUGGAUGAUGGAUGAAUUCUCAGUGUGGUUAUGUGGUAAGUUAGACACUGCAUGCUCUAUUGAACUUAUUUAAAUGUUACUUGAUGAAUUAUGUUGCACUACAGUAUAGAAUUUUAUACUGUAUAAAAAAAAUAUCUUAGUGUAUUAGGGGUUAUAAAGUCAUAUCAAAGAGAAUGUGUAUUGCAUACUAAUUUACUGUGGGGUUUUGAGUUCAGGCAGUAAAAGUGCUUGUUGAAAUAGUAUUUACGAGAUUACAAUUUAAAAGAUCAAUUAUUUUUGGUUUCAGAGACUUGUUUUUUUAGUAAAUUGUGUAAAACUCAAGUAAAGGCUGCAUUGUAAAUUUCCUACUUUAUGAAGGAUCUCAUUCAACCAUGUCAGAUGAUAAUAUAGUUUUAUAUUCUGUGUAAAGCUUUAUAUAACAAUAAUUUUACUAGCUACAGGUGAAGAUACAAUAGCUGUAUACUGUACAGAGAUAUUAUAUAUAUAUAUAUAUAUAUAUAAAGGAAUUUAUUUUUGUAUGUUUUUGAAUUUUCACCUGUACUGUGCCCUGUAUGUAUUUUUACGACUGAUUUGUGGAAUCAGUAAGUGUCCCCUCAUAGUCCUUACCUUGCCAAGGAGAUAAUACAGGUAGCAGUACUGUACAAUAAACACCCAGAGUACCGGACACCUGAGCAACGACACAUACUGUACACAUAAUGACACAAAUCUUUGGAAAAAUUAUUUUAAAAUUAAAAAAUUUCUUGUUAUUUUGCGAGUCAUUGUUAUUGUUGUGGAACGAUGCGGUUGGGGACCACAUGGUCCUGCCAGUCCAUCCCGCAUCACAACAAUACAGAAUAAUGAAGGAGUGGAACCUAUUCCCGUAUAUUCAUUGUUAAAUCAACCUAUAAUUUGACCCUAGCUUUUGAAGAAUAUUUGGUAUAAUCAUAGACAUAUUUGCAGCAAGACAUCACCAAAGAGUCUUGGCCAUGACCACCACCACAACAGCUGACGCUAUGAACAGUGUUACCAUCUCUGAAACAUAAUUCCCUCCAAUUACCAACUCCUAUGAGGAAUAAGAUCAAUAAUAUACCCUGUAUACCAAUAAUUGUGAGGAAUAAAUAAAAAUAAUAUCAAUAAAUAAACAAUUACUGGAUAACUGGCUGCUGGAUAACAAAAUUUGUCAAUUGUUUCACUACACACGAGAGACAGCUGAGAUUACUCCUCCUGCUCUGCAUGAACUCUUAACACACGAAGAAAGUUUCUUCCCCUUUUUUGUUUUUGAUCUGCUUCUGUUUAGGAGCUAUGGCUGGAACAAAUAGACAUACACUCACAGAAAUGUCCUUUCAUUAUUAUAGACAACAUGUAUGGCAAUAUACCCAAGAAAAUAUACUAUUUCAGGUUUGUGUAUACUUUCUGCACUCUUACCUCUGUUAGUCCUGUUCUAAGAUAAACUUAUUACGAGAGUAAUAUUGUGUGCUAAAUUGUUGGUCUUUAAUGUUUGUAAUUGGUAAUAGAUUUUACUCUCAACUAACUUGAGUUUAUGAGUGCCUGUAAUGGCAAUACUUUCUUGGUGAAUGUUAUUGAAAUACUCGAAGUCCAGCAAAGAGGUGGGUCAAAAUGGUUUGGGUAUGUGGCGAGAAUGCAUUACAUCAACUGGGUCAAGAGGUGCAUGAACCUAAAUGUGGAAGGAAGGAGAGCAGGCCAAGAAUGACAAGAGGAAAGGUUAUAACAAAUAACAUUAAAGUUUAGAACCUGACAAGAGAGAAUGCAAGAGAUCGUGCAGCAUAGUGACCUAGUAACCCAUGCAAGUGUGGAAAAUGGCUAUAAAAUGUUGUUGAUUAUGCUACACUGUAUAAUUAUAAUUUCGGUAAAACCUAAAAUCCUUCCUGCAAUCCAACUUCAGUUACUGUAGAACCUCAAUAAAAUCCUCACUCAUUCCCCAAGUCUGUCUGUACAGUAUAAAUACUUUCCCUCAGUCCUACUAAAACUCAGUAUAACCACAAUGGCCAUCCUCACUCCUGCAUAUAUUCAACACAAUCCCCAGUUACUUUUUCACCUAUACAGAUUCGGUAAAGUCAUAUUAUUAUUUCUAUAAACUUCAGUCGACUUUUAAGUCUCAUUUUCUGGUACAGUAUAUUGUACAACUCGAGUGCAAUCUGAAGUUAAUACCACACUUUAUAUUAGCUCAUGGGGUCACUAAAGAGAUACAUCUGCAGGCUGCAGAUAGGGAGAGAUCAGAGAGGGUUAAUAUGACAAGAAGUCGCUUGUCAUGAGUCCUUAGUUGAGGUGACUUGAGAUUACGGAGUGUUCCAGUGAAUCGGGUAUUGGUGAUUGAUUAUAUUGGUGCUCAUAUAAAUCCAGGUGUACUGUAUUGUAUAUAUAAUAUAUUGACUAAUUUAUUUGACAUGUAAAUUACAUUUAUUUCGUUGAUUUAUUCUAAUUAGCUAUUUUUUGCAUAACAGCCAUUAGACUAGUUACUGUAGUUCCGAUAAUGAACUCCAGAGGACCUUAAAUUCCUGCCAUCCACCUUUAGGAUUGGGAUCGGGAAAAGCCGACUGAGAGUCAGUUUUACUCCUGACCCAGACUGCUGUGCGUCGGAGCUGCUUCCCCAGUUCCCUUGGAGUUGUCUGGGUAUUUUUCUCAGCUUAUGUGGCUGAUGUAUUCAACUCAACAGGUAAGUUUUUCGUUAUUAUUGUUAGGUAUAAUAUUUAGGAUGUUUAACAGGAAUUUAAAGUUACCAUUCUGUUUUGCCUUGUAAUGCUCGUGCUUGAGUUUCCUUGUCAAUACAAUAUAUUGAUUUAAGUGUAUUUUACACUCUGGAUUUUCUUCUCCUUCACAAGUAAACAACAAUUGACCUAUUGAAGCCUCUCUAGAGCAUUUUUAAUAAGAAGAGCAUUAGCCUAAUUAUAUUAUCCAUCAGUCUUCUCCCAACAUGACUUAGAUGUGUAAUACUCUUGUCUUCUUAAUUAGUUACUGGCCGUCAACAUCAAUGGUCAUUACGGUCGAAGUCUUGUUCUUUUGACCCCGUCUUUUUGUUCUUUGUUUUUUAUCUUCUCUGCUCUCCAUUAUCUUCUUUCUGAUCUUCUAGUUCUGGUAAUAAUUCGUGGAGGUCGAUAUUACUAGUAUAGUUGGUUCUUGUUGGUCUUUCUUUUUUUUUUCCAUUUCGCCAAUUGGAUAAAGUACUGUAUAGGGACAAUCCCGUAUAUACAGGACGCCUGGCAGCCCUCUGUAAAUGCAUCUAAUCCGUAGUAAUAUUUUUAUUUAGAAUAUAUCAUCCUGGUCAUCGUACUGGUAGUUCCUGGUAAUACUUUGAUACUGUACUUCCUGUGUCCUGCUCGUCGCUGCCUCACCGGUGUAAGUUAUGUCUGUUUUGUACUGUUGGCAAGCAUUGGGCACGUGUCAUAGCAAUAUAUAGCAGCACCAAGGGAUUAUAUAAUAAUAACCACUACAACUUACACUUAUUAUUCAUUUAUUAUGUAAUUCUUAUAUUACAUAUUAAAGCAUUUGUUCUACAUAUGGCCAAGGGGUCAGACUCUUUAUCUCUUAAGACUUAGGUUGAUGAGUCUGGCCUCAUCCAUACGGGCCUGUUACCGCACAACAGGUAAAAGACAACGGGCUUAAUGUGUAUUAUGUAUCGCGACCACUUGGCGACGAGAUACAAUUUUUAGCCUUGAGUGCUCCAUCCUCCUACAGUGUCAGAAUCCUUGGUGUAGGUCAGCGCCUAAUUACCUAGGG